UAUAACAAAUAAUUUGAGAAAUGUUGUCAGUGUUGAUACUUUGGUUAUACAUCAGUUCUGUGCUGUCGGAUCCAGGUCCAGGAACGGUCCUUGUGUUAGGAGGACAAGAAUUAGCAGGAUCAGCAACACUCACCGCUCUUCUGGACGCAGAAUUCCAAGUGAAUACCCUAAACGAAGAUAACCCCCACUACGACUAUCACGAACUGUUUGAAAAUAAGGUCGAGCGGAUUGUUUGCUCUCGCUCUUCUGGUUUGGAUGGCUGUGUUGAGCUUCAGAACCUUAUAAAUAGCAACAGUAAAGUGAAAGCGAUCGUAGAUUUCACGUCCGAUAACAAAGAGCUAAUGGAAGAAGCAGUAAGAGUACUUGCUCCUCUCAGUCCUGAUGUCUACAUAUUCGUCAGUACCGCUGCUGUAUACGAUGUCAGCGAUAAUCCUCAGGAUCCGCUGAAAGAAAGUGACGCAGUAAGACCAGAGGACCUGCAACUGCAAGACACUUACAACGAAAAAAACGUGUUCGGACACGACAUGCUGGGUUCAGAGGAAGCUCUGAUAGCUAGUGGACUACCCUACGUGAUACUGAGAUGCGGGGAUCUGAUUGGACCACGUGACACCACUCUCAGAUGGUGGCAGUACCAGGUAUGGUCGGAGCAUUUUGUUUUACUUGAUGAAGCAUUUCCAGUUCACGAGGACAAACAACACUUAAAAUUCUCAAUGACAUACGGUGACGAUCUUGCUAAAGCUGUCGUUAGUGUUAUCAACAAAGGGGUGAUGAAUGAGGUUUACAAUAUUGCUAUGGAGAAAACCUUCACUUUACCCCACGUCCUGCUGGAACUGUGUAUCUACUUUGGAAACGGCGACAAAUGUUGGGCCGACUACCAUUCUGCAGUUGACUCAUACAGCUUAUAUCCAAACAACCACAUGGGAAUGCUAGACAUUGAACAUGCUAAGACAGAUCUCGACUUUGAGGCUAGCUCUUGGGAGGACGUACUGAAGGACACAAUCACUUUCUACGAGAGAGCGAGACACAAUCAUACUAAAGAGCGAGAUAUGGUGCUAUCUCGAUUGAACGAGAAUGUUCUGUCUUACCUACAAUCGGAGCAAUUGAUCGCCGCAGUUAUGAGACAAGAAGGUGUGGAGAUGGAGAAUGAGCCAAACAUACCUAGUAUUGAGUUGUAACUAUUGGCGAAACGAUAUUAGUACAGUCAGAUACAUAUUUUUGUCGGAAAUAAUUCGUAACAAAGCGAUUUCAAUGGGAAAUGGUCGGGACAGGUCCCACUCCCAUGAGAAAUCAUCCCAUAGAAUUAUUUCCGACAAAGACUUAAAUUGUGACAUAUUUGACUGCACUUUAUAGACCGACACGAUGAAAGCUUUAAUAUAUUAUUUAUGAUUUAAUAUUCAAUUUCACAAUUAAGAUUAAUUUCACAAUUUAUUUUUUAAAAACUUUACAAGAGUUUUAUAAUAUGGGGUUUUUAGUUCAUUUUACAAUAAACUUUGUAUUAAAGUUACAUUCAAAACUUAUCUAAA